GCAGUCCAUAUAUCUCCCGACGCCCCGCCACACGAUAUAUCUGUCAACCAAUCCGAACCACACGUCCCACAGCUCGCAAGCUCGCGACCAAGCCGCCGCACGCGCCCCCGAACCCUGAACCCCAGCCGGCGAACGAGCGAAGCAGCAGCGACGGCAGCCAUGGCGGCGGCGAAGAUCCGGUGGGGCGAGCUCGACGAGGACGACGACGGCGGCGACCUCGACUUCCUGCUCCCGCCGCCGGUCGUCGUCGGGCCCGACGCCAACGGCCUCAAGAAGACGAUCCACUACCGCUUCGACGACGACGGCAACAAGGUCAAGGUCACCACCACCACCCGCGUCGUCAAGCUCGCCCGCACGCGCAUCUCCAAGGCGGCCGUCGAGCGCCGCUCCUGGGCCAAGUUCGGCGACGCCGCCACCGGCGACGACGCCUCCGCGCGCCUCACCGUCGUCUCCACCGAGGAGAUCUUCCUCGAGCGCCCACGCGCCCCAGGGAGCAAGGCUGAUGAACCAAGUGCUUCCAGUGAUGAACUGGCGACGGCAAACAAAGGUACCGCUCUCAUGGUCUGCAGAUCCUGUGGCAAGAAGGGUGACCACUGGACCGCAAAGUGCCCCUACAAGGAUCUCGUCGAUACUCUGGACAGGCCUCCUACUUCUGACGGACCUGCGGCACUGAAUGAUCCUGCCAAGAGCUCGUAUGUUCCUCCGAGGCUAAGGAAGGAUGCUGUUUAUCAAGAUGGUGGGCACGACAUGAGGCGCAGGAACGAUGAGAACUCUGUCCGCGUUACCAAUUUAUCCGAGGACACCCGUGAGCCUGACCUCCUCGAGCUGUUCCGUGCGUUUGGCCCUGUUAGCCGAGUCUAUGUUGCGCUGGAUCAGAGGACUGGAUCAAGCAGGGGCUUUGGCUUCGUCAACUUUGUCCAGAGGGAGGAUGCUGAGAAGGCCAUCAGCAAGCUCAAUGGCUAUGGUUAUGAUAACCUCAUCCUCCAUGUUGAGUGGGCAACACCUAGGCCUAGUAAUUAGUUGCUGUCUUCGUUUCUCAAAUCAAAAGUUUGUUACUGCCUACUAGCACAUACAGAUUUACUGCUGGGUGUCUUAUUGGUAUGGUCUUUGAAGUACUCGUAGUAGUUUUGUGUCAGUGUGAAUGACAUUGCUUUUGUACACAUGUGGAUUUUGUUUGUAAGGAUGGGAUGAGAGUUUGGUACUUAAAUUUUGUAG